AUAAUCAGAAGAUAUAUCAUACAUUAUUUUAUCUGAAUUGUUAAUAUUAUGGACAUAAAUUGUAAUGAAACUGGUAAUACAUCAAACUCUUUACAACAUAACAAAAACUAUCCAAUCGAAGAUACUGACCUGUUCAGUCUACGUGAAAAGUGUACUUCAACAAAGUAUGAAGAAUACAAUCACAAUAAUGAAUUAAUUGAUAUAUCAUCAUUUAGUGAACCAAAUAAUAUGAACAUGCAGCGUUCAUAUCACGAUGAAAUACAACGUAGUCAACCAUUAUGUAGCAAAAUAGAAAAUUCACAAAUUAAUAACAAUAUGUCUGCACAAUCUACAGAAAACAGUAUUCAUUCAAUAGUUUCAUCUCUUAAAGAUAAAUCAGAUAUACCUUUACUACCAAUAAAUCAAUUUACUGCUCCACCUUCAGUUCAGUCAACUACAGGAAUAAAUGACAUCUAUAAUUUUUCAUCAUUACUUUCCAAUUCCACUCUAUGGUUAUCUCAUUUAAUGAAAAAUAGUCAACUAUCGAUGCCUCCUUCAAUAAAUUCAGUCAUAUGGUCAAAUACUAGUCCACAUGUUAAUCAUUUCACAGAAGAAAUGACAAAUUUUAAUUGGCAUUUAGAUUCUAAAAAUGGUAAAAGAAUAACAAAAAGUGAUAACUAUGGUAUUACGUUUUCAAAUGAUGGUUUUCAACCAUUUUCUAAUAGAACAUUUGACCCGACAAUGAUUAACAAACAAUCAACACAAGCAGAUCUUGCAGUCCAACAUCUGAAUUUAAGUGAACAAAGCAUAUAUGACCGUAUGGAUGCAUAUAAAUUACCCAAACCUGACUCAACUUCAGAACAAGUUUUAACUGAUGGAAUAAAUGAAUUAACAUCAAAAUUUCGUGAUAUUAAACGUGUCAGUCAUAAUGGAUUGUAUUGUAUUGUUUGUGGUGAUAUCAGCAGUGGAAAACAUUAUGGUAUUUUAGCAUGUAAUGGUUGUAGUGGUUUUUUUAAACGAUCUGUCAGACGAAAACUUAUAUACAGAUGUCAAGCUGGUAAUGGUUUAUGUAUUAUUGACAAAGCUCACAGAAACCAGUGUCAAGCAUGUAGAAUGAAAAAAUGUAUUCGUAUGGGUAUGAAUAAAGAUGCCGUUCAGAAUGAACGCCAACCAAGGAAGAGUUCACACUUUACCGCUCAAGGUAAUUCAACACCACCUAAGCGUCAAGCACUAGAGAUAUCGCAUUCGCCAAAUGACAAAUCAUUUAUUUCAGAAUCUGCUAAUAGCGAACUGACGAACGAUAAGUCGUUUGGAGAAUCAAUUAGCGUACCUAAAGAUAGUUCAAACCAUAGUGCUUCUGACUAUACACCACUUAAUGAAAACAAUCUAUCGGAAGGUGUUAACACUUUUGAAAACAUUUUUGCAAACGAAUCAGAGUGGAUUCAAAAACACCGUUUAAGGCAACACAGUCAUAUGUUAAAACGUUCAAACUCAUUACACCACAGAAGGUUAUCAAAUAGAAAGUUCACUAAUAAGAUAGGAGCUUUCAAUGAACCGAAAUUUGUUGACACAACUAAACUCCACCAUUAUCUAAUGGGAAACAAUUUACCUUUAUGCUUUACUAAUGCUCAACCAAAUACAAUUUCGUCCACCACUGAAAACUCAAACAACUUUUGCUUCAUCCCAUCUGUUUCUGUAAUAAACGAUACCACUAAUUAUCAUCCAUUUUAUAUGAACCAGUUUCAAACAAUUAAUUUACCAACAUCAAAGCCAACGAGCACAACCUCAGUUAACCUGGACCAUAGAGCCCCUAGACCUUCAUCGUCUUCUUAUUCAGAUGUAAAAAUGCAAAAAUUUUAUUUACAUUUAUUAAAUAUUUUCAAUUUAUCUAAUAACCUCGAAGUUACAAAUGGAGAAAUCCUAAGUUCAAGCAGAAAUGAUACAACUGAUGGUGUGGCACGAAAGAAUUUGGAAUAUACAAACAAUUUACCAGAAAGUAAACGUCAGAAAACUCCAGAAAAUCUCACUAGUCACAUAGAAAGUAAAGAUAUUGGGUUAAGCAUUAACAAUAUUUUGAAAAAUCUUCAUAAUUCUUAUUUAAGUGACUGUAUUUGUGGUAGCGACGAGAUUUCAGGAUCAAAAUCUACAAACCAUUUACCCCCAAAUAACUUUACUUCUACGCCAACUCCAAAUAAUUAUUGUUUGCCUACAAACAAUUCUUCUCAUCUCUUAAAUAAUAAUAACAUAGAUGACACUAGUCCAAUAGUCUGUCAAGAAUCAAUAAACAAAGGUUCAGCUGGAUCAGAUAAACAGAACAAGGAUGAAAAAGAAACGAGAGACUUAUGUCUAAAUAGAACAAUUCAGCAAUUUGAAGAGUACAUGAAAGCCUACAGUUUACAAUCAUCAUCAACCUCAAUUAAGUGUAAUGAAGUUAAUAAUUUAAUCGCAACUGAUAAAUCACUUAAAAAAAGUUUAUAUUUAGCAAGUCCAAAUACUGGUACCAUAUCAGAUGAUGUUCAAUCUCCCUAUAGUACCUUUCCAACAUAUACCAAGAAUAAUCUCGAUAAAUGGUUUCAUGUUCAAACAAAAGAUCAGCUUCAAUAUUCAAAUGAAAUCUUGUCUCAAUUAAAAUCAGACUCUACAAAUCAAAUUAAUAUCUUCAUUGAUUUUAUAUUUGAGUCAAAUACUUCACUAACAAGAUAUCCUGGAAGUCAAGCUAUAAUACAGAAAAUGUUCUCAGAAGCAUUUUAUCCAUUGAUUGAAAAACUUUUAAACUGGGUUUCUGGAAUUCCACAUUUUUCUCGCCUAUCUAAACAAGAUCAGAAAAUUUUAUUCUCUCGAACAUGGUUAAAUGUACUGAUGUUAUUCUGGUUAGAAAAUCAACAUAAACAAUUACAAAACUCUUGUAAUCGAACAAUCUCUAAAUGUCAAUUUACGGAAAACUGUUGGAAUUUGUUCAUAGAUUUAUGUGAAGAGUAUCGAAAUAUUCAG